GCCUGACACAGCGGCAGGCCGGGGAUCUCCAAUAGCAUCAUGGUAUCUGUGUGCGGUGUACAGAUAUAGGCAAACGGCUCAGUGUUCAGUGUGACUGGCUUAAGAUGAAACCUGGAGUCCUAUGUCACUAACAAGGCCAAAGUCAUGAAGGUUUUGUCUCAUGUCAAUUUCCGUUUCUAUGUCCUGCUGCUGGCGGCUGCCUAUUUCUCCAUGCUUUAUGUUUUCCAUGGAAACCUGCAACUGGACCUAGCCACGUCUUGCGAAUCCCCCGCCCAAUGUAGGUCACACACCACUAAAUUCCCCACCAAUCAUGGUCAGGGACACAUUUUCAAGACUGUGGAAGAUUCAGGUGUGCAGAAACUGAGUGACAUGAAGCGUAAAAUGUUGCAAACUAGCGGCAAUGAAAAAGCAAACAUGGUUUUUACGACCUAUUCUGAAAAUGGCAGAGGAAGCAUAAAUUUUAGUGAAAUAAAUAAUGCAGUUCCUACUCAUGACAAAGUAAGUAGAGAUGACAGGGCUAGAGAUCAAAGUUCAAAUAUUGGGACAAGUCCUGAGGGGAGAGGAGAUUCAUGCUUCCUGUCAUCUUUGUACCCGGACAGGAAGUUCCUGCAGCUAGAACCAAGCAGUUUUGUGUAUUCAGCUUACUUGGAUGAAAGGUACACAGACCGCUUCAUAAGGAUCAUGGCAUUAAUAAGCCUCAACAAGAACAACCGUCAUCUGGAGGUUUUCUGCCACUUCCUGGAUGCUGGGUCAUGGAUGAGGGUAAAGGCGACGUGGUAUGAGCUGUGUGAGAACCACGGCAAGAUGUUUGGGGGCUUUAUUCUUUCCUGCCCCAUCCCCCAGCAACCCAUACCUCCCUGUCACGUGAAUGUCUCCAUGGAGAUCACCCCUGUACAUCGGAUGUACACAGUCCCACAGACCACCAUGCAGACACUACACGUCUCCAGUCUCACGCCGUCCAACAGACCGACUGUCAUAGACACUGGGGGGAAGAUAUUGAGAAGCAAAAAAGAGUCCAACUUCAAAACUGGACCUAUAAAACUCAAAAGCAUACAUACUGAGUUCAGUCGAGACUUGUUUAAACAGUCUGCCAAAUCCUCAGCCAUUGGUACUGUAGGAAGCGUUAAAUCAGAGCCAGACUUCAAGUUCAAUUUCAGUGUUUGUAUUCCACCACUGUUUGGGACAAUAGGAUCUAUUAAACUUAUUGAGUUUAUUGAACUCAAUCUUCUGCUAGGAUUUCAACAUUUUGUAUUUUACACUGGGCAUUUAGAUGAUUCUGAUACCAUAAAAGUUCUUGAUUACUAUUUGCAGAAAAAUGUUGUUUCAAUUCUAGACUUUGUUUUACCGGAAGUUGUAACAAAGGCAAAGAUAUGGUACAACGGCCAAUUAAGUGCUCAUAAUGAUUGUUUGUAUCGAGCAAUGUCAGUUUCCCGUUAUGUUGCUGUGAUGGAUAUUGACGAAUUCAUGGUUCCACAUAACGGCCAGUUCCUGGUCACCAAGGUGCUGGAACAACACUUCCGUGACCCGAAUAUUGCCGGGCUCAGUCUUGACAGUGCUUUUUAUGACAGCAAAUUCUCAAAGCCAACCCAGAGCAAACCUGGAAAGGCACAGUUGAUCACCUUGAUUAACACAGGAAAGUCAGUUGUUUACAGCAAAGUUCGUACAAAAGUGUUUGUGGACGCCCAGAAAAUAUUUGAAGUUGGCAUACACCAUGUAAGCAAACCAGUCAAAGACAGGUACAGAGUUGUUGGUGUGAACACAAGUGAGGCAUACCUUCACCAUUACCGCUCAUGUGUGCCCAACUACGGCAUGAAGUGCAGCUCCUUCGUCCAGGACGAAGCCAUGGACAAGUAUGCGCCGCAGCUCCGUGCGCAUGUAACAAAAACUUUCAAAGAUAUUUUCUCUGAAGUCUUACCUCUCUGAAACCAUUGGUUUGUGUUCAGUUAUUCAAUUUUGAGCAAGUCUUUCAGCAUGAUCUUAAGAAAACUAGUUGUCAUAAUAUUUAUUGUUUGCUUCUGUGCAGACAAUCAUACUUGUUUAAUUUUAUCUCCUGACCAAUUCUUUGUGAGAAGUGGUAAGGCGCAAUAUUUCUCUGUUAGAUGUCAUUUUGUAUGUUUGAAUGAAUUUCACUGUAUUAAGGUGCUACAUGAACGUAAUGACAUUGUGUUUAUAAAAAGUGAUGUACUGUGUUGUACUGUGUUUAUUAUUAAUUAUCAAUGUCAUGACUAAGAGUAAUUGAUAUGACCGCCCUCAAUAUUUUUUUCUGUCCAACAAGGGUCAGUACUCAACAAUUAUUCUACCCAGAGUUAUGGGCCUUGCUAUAUACAUGUGUGUAUUGUGUCUGGCUUUUAGAGACACAGCCAAUGUUUUUGAAUUACAUUGCAGAUUACAAUAUCAAGGCUAUUUUUCAGUUUUGAUGGACAGCUGAAAAAUCUUGACAAAGCAGGUCAAUAUCUUUUGAAAGCAACCCACUAAAAAUCAUUGCAUAAGAUCUGGAGUAGAGUUAAACAGACCUAGGCUUUACCAAUUCAAAUUCUUUGGGAUUCCUUAACUAACUGAGUUCAAGUUUUUGUCUGAAAUCUAUAUUGUCGUUUGUCUUGAUGUAUAGCAAAUUGCUUUAUUCUCCAAGGAUUUCCUCAAAUGUUUAUUUGCUCAAGGCUAUUUACCAAAAUUGUUACCUCUGUGGUCACUGUGUUCUAUUACAAACAAAUAAAGCAACUGAUCAUCUU